GCUCCACCCAGUGUUGUGUCCUUGCCUGGCUGCAGCCUCUUGGUCAAUCAGCCUCAGAGCCAGUGCUGGUUGUACAGAGAUGGGGCUGUCCCGGCAAAGACUGUGGCUGAAGCGGCUCUGGAUAUUCUUGCAGGUGGUUGUGGAGGUGGUCAUGGGCAAAACGCUAAUGAUCCUCGUUCCAGAGAGGGUCAAGAAGAACAUUCUGGCCAUGGGCCAGAAGACCGGCAUGACCAGGAACCCUCGCUUCUCUCCAGACAACUGGGUCCCGACUUUCUUCAGCACCCAGUACUUCUGGUUCAUCCUGAAGGUCCGGUGGCAGAGACUGGAAGACAAGGCUGUGCAUGGAGGUCUGGCUCCAAACUGCACAGUGGUCAGCCUGUCAGGACAGAGGUGCAGCAUUUGGGACUUCAUGCAAGGCAUUAGGCCACUGGUACUGAACUUUGGAAGUUGCACCUGACCUUCAUUUCUUUUCAAAUUUGACCAAUUCAAGAAACUUGCAGAAGACUUUCAUUCCACAGCUGAUUUUCUCAUCAUUUACAUUGAAGAAGCGCAUGCGUCAGAUGGUUGGGCUUUCAAGAACAAUGUGAACAUCAGGCAUCACCGGAACCUCCAGGACCGCCUGCAGGCAGCCCAGCUGCUGCUGGACCAGAACCCUCCAUGCCCUGUGGUAGUGGACACAAUGGAGAACCAGAGCAGUCAGCUCUACGCAGCCCUGCCAGAGAGGCUCUAUGUACUCCAGGAGGGCAGGAUUCUCUACAAGGGAAAACCUGGCCCUUGGAACUAUAAUCCGGAAGAAGUUCGUGAUGUUCUGAAAAAGCUCUGCAUCUAAUCUGGACAGAUCCCUCAGUUUUAGGCAACCAACAGGAGGACUUCUCCCGGCUUGGUUUUCCUCCCAGCCCAGAUGCCUUUCUAUCUUCGACCUGAGUUCACAGCUGAACCAUUAGCAAACAACACCCAACUAGGAAAUGCAGGUCGGAGUGACCAAUCAGGACAAAUUGUUUUAACUCAAAAAUGAAGCAAUGCUUGGACUGUAAGUACAAGUGAAUCGUUUGUUU